AUGAGCGAAGCGCGAGCUAUCUGCCUCACAUGUCGCUCCAAGCUAUUUGCUACCGUUGCGGGCGCACGAUCCAGAUGGCCCCCGAGGGCUAGCUACGCAACGACUUCGCCAGAUGCACAGACUUUGAGUCGCCAUGGCGGGCAGGAAAAUGCCCCCUCUGCCCAAGUCGAGGAGCAUGCCGGUGCCGUCGGGGCUCAACCGAGCCAUAGCGAGCUCAUUCGACAGCCCGAGCCUCUGUUUCGAGAUUUCACCAAGCGGAAGGACCUAAGAACCAGAUCGAGGCGGAGGAGUCCUGUCUCUAUAUUUGAGAAAGUUGUCAACGGGCAGAAGGAGUCUGCGGAUUCCGAGGAAAACUCCAACCAAGCACCAAUCGGCUUUGAGCUUUAUCAAGACCUGGCCAAGUUGAAGGAGCUGGGCGAGCAGCCGGAUACGUCUCUAGCCGCUUGCUUCGAGUUUUUCAACACAAAGAUCUUCCCGCAGUUGCAGACAGAAAGUCGACUGCCCAAGAUCUUCCGCCGAAACGUCACCCGUCUUUUCGACGACAUUGAGAGAGCGAAGCGAGACAACAUGGCUAGCAUGGACUUGCCCACAAUAACCGAGACGACGACUAUCAGGAGGAAGCUGAACUUCUUUCGGCCAGAGCAGUGGACGCCGCUUAUCAUAAGCCUGGUCGAUUAUAUCUGCCAGAUGGGCACUUCGCCGCAAGACUUCUCUUCCACAGAAAGUUUCGAGGCCUCACAGACGCUGCGUGCGGCGCUGCUCCAGGACCUUGUUGGCGCGUGGAGGAUGUUUGGCCUCCCCCAGAUCCUGCUCACCCACGGCGAGCUCCUUCACCUUCCUGAGGGAGAGUUUCGACUGCCUCCUGUGAGAUGGCAGAAACUCGUCAAGCUGUCGCCUCCAAACCAUACCGGUCGUGCGCUCAACUCGUUGUUCCCCCGAUAUGUCGAGACGCAACUGGGAACGCUGGCCCCGGCUGUCAUUUCCACCGUCGUGCUGCUCAAGGACCCUAUCAAGAGCAACCCUGCUAUUCAGGAGAGUGCCCGCGAUCUCAUCUCUGCGGUCACACAAAUUCUCGCGACAGUCCCCGUGGAUCGCAGGGAACUGCUAACUAUGUUCCGUUCGCACGCCGUUCUGGGCGGCUACAUCUCAGAGCGCUGGUCUUCCUUUACUGUCCAGGCCAAUCAAAACCAUGAACAUCUCUCAAAGCAUCAACAUAGGAAAAGCCAUGCUCCCUCCCAGAGGAAACAUGCCAGCAUGUUGCAUAAACAGCUUGGCCAGGCUUUGAAAUCACGAGACCUCAAGGCCUGCAAUCAAGCGUGGAUAGAUUUCUGGGGCCCAUCGAACACACCUGACCCUGAGCGGGCACAGAGCCUGCGAGAGCUUCCGGAAAUGUUCGACUACUUCAUCAUGGUCUAUACCACCAUGCGGCAGCCAAGCAAAGCUGUGGCAGUCUGGAACUCUUUAGGUAAGGUCGGACUGGUACCCAGCAUUAAAACAUGGAACUCUCUUAUCGAGGGUUGCAAGAGGGCAUCAAACGCUGCCGGGAUCCGCAACGUGUGGGCUAGGCUGGUUGAAUCAGGCGUUCAACUGGACACUGCCAUUUGGACAGCUAGGAUAUCCGGCCUGAUAGAGACAGGCGAUCCAGAAGGGGGUCUUCAGGCGCUGGAAGAGAUGGCGAAGGUCUACCAAGCCUCGCUCCAGAACGGCGGUUCCUCGUCAGCAGUCAAACCCACAAUCGAGCCUGUCAACGCAGCCAUCGCUGGUCUCCUUCGCUACGGGGCCAACGAUGCAGCUCAAAAAGUCCUGGCCUGGGGCAGUCGUCACGGGAUCGAACCCGACAUCAUCACCUUUAACACGAUCCUACGGCCUCUUGUUCGACAAGGCGCCACCGAGGGAGUCGACAAGGUCUUCGCCAUGAUGAAGGCCCAUGGUGUCCAGGCAGAUGUUGCUACUUUCACCAUCAUUCUCGAUGGUGCAAUGACGAGUCUAGGCGAGGAGGCGCCGGAACAACAGAUUGAAACGGUCACCCGCAUUCUUGCCGAGAUGGAAGCUGCUGGCCUCGAAGCCAACCUGCAGACAUAUGGCAGAAUGAUUUAUCUGCUACUCCAAGAAGGCGAUAGCGCCAAGGAGUCGGUCAAGGCCGUGCUGGCUCAUAUCUGGAGCAAAGGCCUCGAGCUCUCCUCCCACAUCUACACCAUGCUCGCAGAGUAUUACUUCUCGAGAGAUCCCCCAGACUUGAGUGCCGUCCGAGAUCUCAUUGAGAACCGUGGUCUGUAUUCCAAGUUUGGCAUUGACCGCGUUUUCUGGGAGAGGGUCGUCAGGGGCUACUCCCAAGUCGGCGACACGACGAAUGCCCUCAAGGCUUUCGGCAUGAUCGAGAGCUCCAUGUCGGUGACGACGUCGACGCUCAGUGAUCUUUUGCAAGCCUUGAUUAACAAUGAGCAGUGGGAUGAGGCGGCUCAGCUGGCGCAAAAGGCCAAGUCGCAGAGGGAGUUGACACAGUCCGACACGGCCGCAUCAGAUGCGAGAUUCUGGAGACAUCGGUUUUGGCACCUUGUAUCACAAUAUGAACUCCUGGAGAGGAAGACGGAAGGCAGCGGGCCAUAG